UGCAAAUGCAAAGCCCAUUAUGAGAAGUCUAAUGAUGGCGCCUGUGUGGGUAAGAUGUUACAUUUUUUUGAACGAUAAGUAGCUGUUGUUCAGUAUUCAAAUUCUUCAAUAGCGCUAUUUAUUUGAGGCCCAUUCGCCCUGGAAUUGAUAAAUUUGAAAACAUUGUUUUCAUUUUGAAACUUCCCCCAGCAUUUCCAUCCACGCCGUGCCGGAUAAACUUCGCCAAAUGCAACAAUUAUUGGUGACAGAAACGCUUUACAUGUGCGUAAUGGGAAUAAAUCAAUCAUUUCGUCAAAAAUUAGAAACAGUGAUCUCGGCAUUUUCGAAAAGCUACAUUUUCGGUCCGAGUUGGUGUCAGUGGACGGUGCUGGUGUUGCGCGAUGUUGAUGAGUCGUCAGUGUGCAUCUCCAAUUUAUGAAUCACUGUAACAAACCCAACGUUGAAUGUCUUUAGUCUUCUUUUUUUCUGUUUACAUGGAAGAGAGGCAGAUUACCACUAGUAGAGUGUUGUAGAUUUUGAGAUUGAUCAUCAUGGAUGUACUUUUGUUUAUCUAUGGAUCAUUAUUGUCAUUUUUUUUUCAAGAAAUUACUGAGUGAACAUUUGAAAAAUGUGUGCUUUAGUGGAGAAGUUCGCAAAAUAAUUGUUGACAAUCAAUUUUAAUAAUAUGAUGGACCAAAGUUAAAUUACUUCGGGACUACCUCCUCCCUUGCAUGAAUUUUUAUGUUCUAGUCAGUCAGACAUCUCUUAUUCUCGUCUCAGUGCAUAUUUUUUAGCGCGGGGGUUUCAAAUAUAUUUUCCGAGGUGCAUGAGCAGAACACAUUGCAAUCAAACAAACAUAGAAGACUAAUUUUUAGGGGCAACAUAACGUGUAUUUAUCUUAUCUCCAUUGUAUAAAUGCAGAUAUAGACGAAUGCAAGGAUUCAAACGCUUGCCCAGCUAAGCAAAAAUGUAUAAACACGCCUGGUGCCUAUGAAUGUCAUUGUGAAAAAGGAUACAAGAAGGGAGAUGGUGACGAGUGCGUGAGUAAGUACCACCGAAACUUCCAAUUCGAGAUUUUUCGUAAAGGUUUGAAUGAUUUAAAUCCCUGAUGCUGACCAGACAGUUUACUGACCCAAAGGUCUGCUGCUGCAUACAGAGUAGUUUCUCAAAGUAUUUUCGAUCUCCACGCGUUUGUAAAAUCGGAACGAGAAUUCUCUGUUACCAGUUUGGUUUAUUCAGGAACCUUCCGCACACGCUUUGCUGGAAUAGGGCAACGAAGUUCCCAUGCGCAACAACAAUGUCAAGCUACGUUUUGCUGUGAACAAUUUUCUUCUCGUGGCUAGUUGUCCUUGCGUUCAUCCGACUUAGCUGACCCUAAGAGUAUUGUUUGUAUGAACACAGUAUUUUAAUUACACCCAGCUUUUCAAUCUUUACCUUGAAUAUCCAUUAUAAUUAUAAUGAAAAGAAAACUACACGUUACCUCGAAGAUAUAAAUUUUAUGUUCGAGUGGCAAGAACAAUAACUGACUCGUUCGCUGCGCUCCCUCGUGAGAUAUUGUUCUUGCUACUCGAACAGAAAAUUCAUAUCCAUGCGCCACCGUGUAACAUCCUCCAUUCAUCAUUUUCUUUUCUGUUAUCAAACACGAGUGUGCCUCUGGGUCAAAGUGUAUCGGUGAUGGAGAGAAGUGUGAAAAUCAACCAGGGGGACACUUUUGCUUAUGCAAAGCGGGAUAUGUGAAGGCUGAUAAAAGAUGCGUCAAAGAACCUCGUAAGAAUUUGUUGGCAUAAUAUGAGUGUUCUUGUGUAUGAUAGCGUCCUCGUGUGACCUGACCUGCUUCCUGAUGAGGGAUACCUCAAUCCAAGGUUUCGCUCCUUUUCGUCAACUAAAAUUUAUGGUCAUAGGUGAUGCUUAUUAGGUUUUUAAACUGUAUUAGUCUACGACUCUUGCAAUAAAUAAAAAAAUUGAAACGUCACAAGCACUGAUAAGCAACGAAACACAUGCAUUCGCCUUCGUGGAACUGCUUAGAGCUGGUUAAUCAAGUAAAAGUGGACAUCAAUAACAGUAGGAGAUAAAAUUCGUAUUAAAGGGCAGGCAUGCAAUAUCCUCUAUCUAUCUUGAACAGAAUGCAAGUGCGCAUCGCACGAAGAAUGCUUCAACGGAAAGUGCAGGUGCAAGACAGGAUACAAGAAAAAUUCAAAGGGGAUGUGUGCUCGAAAACGUAAGUACUGUGCACAAGUCCAAAAACGCGCGAACGGGUCAAGAAGAAUAUAUCGAGAACUGAAAGUUCUAGACGUAUCUUUUUAAUUUGGAUGCUUGGACUCUGAACUCCAAUUGUGCAGGGGCUCUUACUUUCCUGGUAUGAAUUUCCAUCUGUUCGCCAUUUGGAGGAUAAAUUAUGUUGAGAUCAUUCGAUUGAGCCGAUGGUGUUCUUUGUUAUCAGAAUGUAUUUCAAAGGGUGAGAAAUAUGCGUUAACCAGGAGCCCAUGGGCUGAUGACUUGACAAUCUUUGAUCAAAUUAUUCGUUUUCUAUUUUUUAAGGCUCUGCUCGCCAAGUUGCUUCAGGCCACUCUGUACACGUCACCAGUCACCUGGGCACCCUCGGCCUCGUCCUUACACUGCUUGUGCGCCUGGCCGUUACAGCAUAA